CCGUUCCUGCCUGCCGCCAAGUACCGUAACUGGAAGUUGAGCUGAGGCAGUGCUGCCAUAUCUCAGUUUCACUUAGAAGCAAAAAUGUCAUGGCUAGCGAGAUCCAUCGCCAACACUCUCAAACUCGAAAACGACGACGAAGACGAUCGCUCACCUAACACCAACACAAACGCCAGUGAUCCGAAUCCAGAAGAUUUACAAUCCGAUCAAAAUCAAAACCAAUCAACGGUCGACUCCCCACGCGGAGUCAAAGAGGACCUCACCGAACUCACCAAAUCUUUCUCCCGCCAAUUAUGGGGCGUCGCCUCUUUUCUCGCUCCUCCUCCUCAACAACAACCUCAAAUGUCCGAUCAAAGCCAGCCGUCCGAUCAAAACCAGCCGUCCGUUGAAAACCAGCUGUCCGAUCAACUCUCAGAUCCUGAUGUUGCGGAUGAGGAUGUUAUUGAGGGGAUCAAAAGCGAUUUCGCCGAGAUUAGCGGCAAAUUCAGGACUGGAAUCUCGAAGCUGUCGAACAACAUUAAUGUUUCGGAGAUCUCGAAAAUGGCGUCCAAUUUUCUGCAGUUUGCCUCUGAGAUGGAACCGACUGAAGCCGUCGGUGUGACUGAAGAAGUAUUGAUUUUUGCUAGAAACAUCGCGCUGCAUCCCGAGACUUGGCUUGACUUUCCAGCUCCUGAUGAUGAAUAUUUUGAUGAUUUUGACAUGUCUGACGCCCAACAAGAGCAUGCUUUGGCUGUUGAACGUCUUGCACCAAGUUUAGCUGCUCUCAGGAUUGAACUUUGCCCUGGGCACAUGAGUGAGGGUUGCUUCUGGAAGAUAUAUUUUGUACUUCUGCACCCUAGACUAAAUAAAGAUGAUGCUGAGCUUUUGUCAACUCCCCAAAUAGUGGAAGCGAGAGCAAUGUUAGCACACGAGUUAAAGAACAGAGCUGAGGCAAAGCCAGAAUCAGUUCACUCUUUAAUUGGCUCUUCUGAUUCAAAUAAAAUUGCUGGAAGUGAUGCUUAUUUAAGUGAAACUGUUGAAGCACCAACUGGCUCAAAAUCUGAAUCAGUGUCACUGAAGACAUCUGCCUUUGAUGCAGCCCCUUCUGUAGCAACAGCUGAAUUUGAAACAGAGAAGCACUCAGUUCAAACUACUGAGAUGCAGGUUAUUGACAAGUCCGUUGUCAAGGAAGUGCCUGUGGACACCAAACAUCAACAUGCACUAUCUAGUUCCUCUGCUGGAGUUUCAGAUGAGAAGUUUGAGGAUGAUGGUGAUGAUUGGUUGAAAGAGGAAAGCUCAGAAGUUGUUGGUGUGAGUGGUUCCAAAAUGCAUCUUGGAAAUGAUGAGGAUGUAUCGUUCAGUGAUCUUGAGGAGGAAGAUGAAGAGGUGCCUCCAAGUUAUAAGAAAGCAACAUCUGGCUCUGAUUCUUCAACAAAAGAUUCACGGGAUUGGGUUCAGCUAGGCAGAAGCUCUGCUGAUUCAGCUAAGGAUAUUAAUUCUGUUGGUGAUCAACAUGCUGGGUCUCAGAAGGUAAGUGCUCGCAAUCCUGAGAGCAAGGAAUCCAAUGACUGGCUUGAUGUUGAUGACAUUGAUGAGAUGUGAUAUACCAUAAGAGCCUUUGGGAUUGUAUGUAUCAUGCAUUCUUAUUGCUAACUUCUUGUGAAUAGAUUGCAUAUUUGGUUUCUUCAUUUGAAAUUAGGAUUUGGGUGCUGUAUGUUUGUAAAUAAAGCCCUAUCGAAUUGGACGAUAAUGUGCACCUGAAUUUUAAUCGUUAUUAAUUAAGCACGAUGAUAUGAAAAGUA